AUGAAGCGCAUACCGAUAUCAAGAUGUGCCUCGCAAUUGCUGGCCCAACCAAUCCCCCGCCGGCCCUCGUGCCCAUACGCCGCGGCGAAGAAUGCUCAAAGAGGCAUUGCACCACAUAGCCACCGCACACACGCCCGCUUCCAAACCACCGUUGCCAUACCGCACGACGGCGACCUGGAAAUCGAAAUAGCAGCAAAUUCCCCUGCUUCUUCAGCAUCAAAGUCGCGGCCCGCAGGCUCACAACCUCUCCCACUUGAGAGCCUUCCCUCCCCACACCCACAUGCCGCCGAGCAUUCGAUAAAACUCCACGCCCUCCGAAGUCGACUAUCAUUACCCCCCCGCUUUCCCCUCCAGGCUCUCGCACGAACUCUUGUACAUCCUUCGGCAGAUCCUAAUCCUGCCUUCAACAAUGCCUCACUGUCGAUACUUGGACGCCACUUGCUUGGUUACUACACUUCCGAGUGGAUUCUAUGCAACUACCCACGGCUUCCAAUGGCUGUUGUUUUCGCUGCAGUAGAAGCAUACAUUGGUCCCAAGGCACUAGCGACCGUUGCACGUGAAUGGGGUAUUGAAGCCGCAGCCGAGCCCGGUGGUGAGGUAGACCCUGGUUUGCUACAGUUCAAGCGGAUACGAUCAGGCGACGACAUCCCAGCUGCUCUGAGGCGGCAAGCACCUUGGAGCUGGAACGUCACCACAACACACAAAAUUAUGAAGACGGAUGAAUUUGGCUCGGAUAAUGCUGCACCCAGCCCACAUUCCCUGCAGAAUACAGGAGUGCCCAUGGAAGACGCAGCACAGUCAUUUGUCCGAGCCCUCUUCGGUGCAUUACACCAACACCUCGGCACACCUCUUGUUAAGCGCUUUUUCCGCGACCAUUUCCUUAGCAGGCAUCUUGAUAUUAGCACACUAUUCGAUUUCCGUACACCCACCCGAGAUCUCUCAACGUUGUGCGCACGAGAGGGCUUUGAGCCACCAGUUGCCCGACUUAUUUCCGAGACUGGUCGUCUAAGUAGGCACCCGGUGUUUGUUGUAGGUGUAUACAGUGGCAAAGACAAGCUGGGUGAGGGAGCAGGCAGCUCAUUGAACGAGGCAAGGACAAGAGCAGCGGCAGCAGCAUUGAAGGCGUGGUAUCUGUACAAGCCUGUCGAGGUGACAGUACCGAGCAGCACAGAGGGCGAGCUGGACACGAGCAAAUGGCGACCAAACUACGUCGACUGCGGUGAGGUUAUUGUGUAAGAUUUCAGGCCACGGUCUACGCUCUUGGGAGUUGAAGGGAAAUAUUUUUUCUUUGGACAUGCAUUGCAUCGCUGGACGGGUAUACUCCUCGCUUUUCACGAAUUUUGGUCAGUUAGGGGUGGGGUGGUGGAGUAGGAAGGUGCGGGGGAAAAUUAUCCAGAGAUAACUCUGCUGUAACAAGUUUGAGGAUGACCUGGCCCACGAUAUGUCGCUACGGGGACAGACGGCUGCGCUGAAUAGCAGCGCCCAUGUAUCAUAUGUGACAUCAUGAGGACAUUACAAUGAGCCGCAAUGUGUAACAAUAUAAAAGACGAAUGCUGCAUGGU